AUGAUUGAAGACGCGAUGAGUUCACGCGUAACCAGCGGCGGGUCGAUGGUUUCGGGCAACUCGACCGACUUCGGGCACAUUGAGGCCGACAAGGAGAAUAUCCAGCCGUUAAAGCAGGGCCGUUCUGCCAGUGGGCUCACUAAAGCACUGUCUCUGAACAAAGAGACCCGCAAAGAGGUUCUUUCCCGCGACAGAGACCAAUUGGAGGCUUCGAUCGAGGCGGCUGCACUGGAUGACCUUGACGACCCACUUGAGCCAUAUCUAAAGUACCUUGAGUGGAUCCACACCCAUUUCCCAUCAGGAGGGUCCACCGAGUCUGGAUUGAUCCAGCUUUUGGAGCGGAUCACGCACGAUUUUAGAGACGACCAGUACUACAAGAACGAUAUUCGCUAUUUCCGUGUCUGGCUGGAGUACGUCAAGUUCAGCGACAACCCACGCGACAUUUUUCAGUACCUGUUGAAGAAGAAGAUCGGAAUGGGGCUUGCUUUGUUUUACGAGAGUUAUGCCAAUUUUAUGGAGCUGGAGGGAGAUUUUAAGAAAGCCGAGGAAUUGUACCAGAUGGGACUCGACUCGCAGGCCCGGCCGAUGGGGAGAUUGACGCGUUCGUUUGAGAACUUCAAGAUCCGCAAACAGCAGUCGGCAGCAGGACCACAGAAACGCCAAGGUCUGGGAGCUCUGAACAAUCCGUCUGGUGGGGGGCUGGGAACGACGCGCACGGCCUCCUCGAGACCAUCUUCCAAGUCGUUUGCCGUUUUCAAUGAUGCAGAGGCUGGAAGUUCGUUAGCUUCUGCCGGUAUUUGGUCCCAUCUCGACACGAUAGGUAAUUCCAAGAAGGAGAACGUUAUACGUCCAACGUCUUGGUCUGGCGAGAAAUUGAUCCAACAGAAGGUGCCAUUGGCCAACAAGACCUCGUUUGAGGUGUUCAACGACAAAGACGCGCGGUUCCCUGUCACCAAGAUCAUCAAGAACCCGGGCAAGCGCACCGAGAAGUUUGAUUUUAAUUUCGACCUGCUCUACUCCGACGAUGGAGAAAAGAGUUUAAUGGAGGUUCUUCUGCUCAGUCGUGGAGUCUACUACUCUGCGAAGAAGCGCAAGGCAGAGGCAAAGCCACUUACUCCCUUCAAAAAGCAUACUAUCACCUUGGAGAACGACAACGAGACAAAACUGCUCAACUCGCCCACACUGACCUAUUUCUCCAAGGAGUCGAUGAAAGAGGUGUACCAGAUGAUUAACCAGCCCCUGACCGAGUCGAAGCCGUUGGUCGACGAGAACCCCCUGGAUGAAGGACUCAGCGACUUUGUCACCGAGACAAUCGAACACCACAAGCCUGUUACACCGCAGAAACUUGUCACCGAAGAUACCGGCAUGAUGAGCUCGCCGUUCGUGGAGGAGCCCGUCCACAGCACUCUGGCAACUGCAGACGUGCUGAUCAACCCUUUCGACACCAAGCUGCAGCGCAAUCUGCUCGCCAAAAUGCAGCACCAGCUCUCCAACGACACAAAAUUCCACUUUUCGGGCUCCAACGCGCACAAGCUCGAUACCUUGAAAAGUCUGCUCAAGCCCCGCGGUGCGCCUAUCAUGGGUAACCGCCAUUUGAUGAUGAAUUUCGAGGACGAGACGUUCUGCUUCACCAAACAGCUAGACGAUUCCAGAAAGCUAGGCGUGUAUCUAAGCGAGAAGUCCGACGGAACACAGGUCGCGGUCAAGGUGAACUCUCCCCCAACGGAAUGGGAGUUCUAUGUGCUUCUGCAACUACAGAAAAAGUCCAACAGCGACUUUGUGCAACCGCUGGGCUUCUACAAGUUCGAAGACGAAUCGUACAUGAUUCUUCCGUACUAUAAACACGGCACAGUCAAGGACCUUGCUGCCCUCGGCUCGUCAACGACACUCAAGAUCGACGAAUCGGUCUCCAUCUACCUGUCCGUCCAGGUUCUGCGUCAAAUGUUGAAGAUGCAUGCAUGUGGAAUGGUCCAUGGCAACCUCAAGCCGGAAAACUGUGUCCUCACUUUCACCCCACAAUCGAAGCCGAGCUUCCAGGAGCUAAAACUCAUAGACUUCGAACGGUCGAUCGAUCUGUCCUUGUUCCCAGAAAACGUCCGCUUCUCUGCCCAGUUGGAAGACGACCUGUUCCCUGCGGUGUGUAACUGGGACGCGUGGAGAUACGAGCCAGACUACUACGGUGCCGCCAAUGUGCUUCACACGAUCUUGUUCGGCCACCAGCUCGACCUGGUUUCCAUUGGACCAAACACAUGGGGUUUCAGAGAAACCGUUCGCAAGUACUGGCAAAAGGAGACCUGGGACGAGAUCUUCCAUGUGUUGCUCAACUCGCACAAAUAUGAGAACAUAGAGCUGAAAUUGAAGAGCCUCACGGGCAAACUCGAGAGCUGGGUCGCACUCAACUGGGGAUCCUGUGGAUUGGCCAGACAGCUCGCCAAAAUUAGCGACUUCUUUGAAGAUCAGCGCAAAAGAAAUAAAAUAUAG